AGCUCUUUGACAAAUGGUAUUCCCCUUAGGCAGGACAAGAACUGAGCGGGAUAACUGCCUCCUAAUAUUUUGCUCGCGCCGAGACGCGCAGACAAGCUGCGAGAGAGAGAGAGGGAGAGAGAGAGAGAGAGAGAGAGAGAGAGAGAGAGGAGGGAGGGAGGAGGGAGGGAGCUCUAACCUGCUCUGAGCGCUUCAUUUCUAAUUCACCGUCCAGUUUUCGUGCGCUCCUGUGCACCUGCUCUGGACAUCUCCAACCUCUCCGCGCACCAAAUUCUCACCUGACUUUCUGAAAUGGAGUUCGCGACUCUUCCCCCGGACGACUUUGAGGAGCGCUACUCAUUCUUGUUAACUCCCUUUAACGCCACGUUCGCCGAGGAUCUGCUGCCCGUGGUGGCUUCAGAAAGCAACGAGACCAGCAGGGUUGCAACCAAGGACACCACAAGUGUCAUCAUAGCCGUCUGCAUCACGGCUCUCUACUCUCUCAUCUGCGUGGUGGGACUGCUGGGAAACGUGCUUGUGAUGUACGGAGUGGUCAGGUACACCAAGAUGAACACUGCCACCAACAUUUACAUCUUCAACCUGGCUCUGGCUGACGCUCUCGCCACCAGCACCCUCCCCUUCCAGAGCGCCAAGUACCUGAUGGGCACGUGGCCCUUUGGGGAGCUGUUGUGUAAAGUGGUUAUCGCCAUCGACUACUACAACAUGUUCACCAGCAUCUUCACGCUAACCAUGAUGAGUGUGGACCGCUACAUCGCCGUGUGUCACCCUGUGAAGGCCCUGGACUUCCGCACGCCUGCCAAAGCCAAGCUCAUCAACGUCUGCAUCUGGAUCCUCGCCUCCGCUGUCGGAGUCCCUGUCAUGAUCGUCGCUGUCACCAAGGUGACCGAUAAAGGAAGCACAGUCUGCACACUCAGAUUUCCUAAACCAGAAUGGUACUGGGACACCGUGACAAAAAUCUGCGUGUUCAUCUUCGCCUUUGUCGUGCCUGUGCUGGUCAUCACCAUCUGCUACGGUCUGAUGAUCCUGCGCCUGAAGAGCGUCCGUCUGCUCUCCGGCUCUAAGGAGAAGGACAGGAACCUGCGGCGGAUCACCCGAAUGGUCCUCGUGGUCGUGACGGCUUUCAUCGUCUGCUGGACUCCCAUUCACAUCUUCAUCAUUGUCAAGACCAUGGUUCAUAUUGACCACAAGAAUCUCCUGGUGGUGGCCUGCUGGCAUCUGUGCAUCGCCCUGGGCUACACCAACAGCAGUCUGAACCCUCUGUUGUACGCUUUUUUGGACGAGAACUUCAAGAGGUGCUUCAGGGACUUCUGCCUGCCCUAUCGCUCCCGCUUGGAGCAGAGCAGCUUCUCCAGAGCACGCAACAGCACCCGGGAGCCCGUGUCCGUUUGUGCUCCCGCAAUGCAAGCGAGGCCACCUGCCUGACUAGGCAUGGAUGAGACGGGGGAAAGAAGAGUCCAGGAGGAAGUCGGGACCGAGAUCACACAGCUCUCAAGCACAGGGGUCUGAGUCUGCAGGUGUAGGCGUUUGCCUCAUCUAUAUAAAUGAUCGGCUGUGUCAUAUAACGAGAUGUCUUUGUCCCAGUAGGUUUGUGGAACACAUUGCAUGUCUUUCAGGAUGAUACAAAGGUGCGCACAUGUGUAUGGGAGAAUGUAUUCAAAUGUACAUAUAUUUUUGUGCAUAAAACCCAGAUGAUGUACUUACAUAUUUAAUUUUUUUGGCUCUGCUUCAACAAAAUCAAACAGGAAAGGGGGAGAAAAUGUCGACUUCCAGCUUUAACAAAGUCUUCACAACCAUAUUAGGUCACAAUAUGGGACUCACGGACCUACACACUGAUCAAAACUGAAGCCACCUUGAUGUGACACCUUCAGGUUAAUGUUGCUAUAGUUACUUUACGUGCACACAACACUGAUAGACAGUGUUAGCACCCCUGAAGCUGAUCUGACGUUGGCCAACAGUUGCCUACGUACACAACAAAGCUGCUUUUCAAUUAAUUUUUUUUAUUCAUUAUUUAUUCAGCUUUGAACUCUGUUUUGGUCUCCACCAAUUGUAGAUUCACAAGUGCCCACCUCUCAAUAUGACAAAUGCUCCACUCUAUUCAAUUGUUGUGAGUUCUUUGUUAGUUGGAAACGGUUUUGAUUCAGUGUUAAUAUAAAACACAUUUUUUACAGCAACUUUUACGUUGACUCGUAACACAGAGUCUACACACUAAAUGUGUCUGACUGCACUGUAUAUGUGUAUAUGGGUUUCGUUGUUCCUCGUGGAGGAGAUAAUGAGAAUCUAAUAACCUGAAUGUUAAUUUACAACUGCAUUUUCAUGGUCUCUGUGAUAUUUCAGUCAGGGGAUGUAUUCAAUUUCAUGUUCUCGUAAUGGUUAGAGGAGAUAAUGAUUACAGACAAAGGCCACCUGCGUAAUUAGGAACCAUUUUACAGGAGGUGCUAUUCUGUGUGAUAUUCUGUGCGCCACAUUUCCCUGUUGUUUUGCUGGCUUUUGUCAAACGAAUGCAUCAAGAAAGACAUUAAAGAUGAAAUAACAUGAAAAUAGGGGCUUCACGGUCAAGCAUUGAAGACUGUUUAGCUGUGUUCAGCUGAUUUAGAGCUGCCACUCCCGGCUGCUCUGUUUUUGCAACAACAAAAAUAUCACAGACUACAGUAAAUAGGGGAACUGAAGGAGAACGUGGCACUGCCGUCUCCACUAACAGAGAAGUGGCUGUGACAACCUCAGUCUGGGACGAAGGCAGGAACCCAGAACAGAUCAAAUCCUGCUGGACACUUACAUGAAAAGAUCUGGACAGCGGGGAGGCACUUGUUGUACAGUUUUAGAAGUCAAAUCGCUGCCUCUCAUUUUGUUUCUGCAUCAGUGGUUUAAGUGGAAGUCAACAGUAGAUGCCGCAUCAAAUGUAAAUGUGAUAUUGUUCUGUAACGGCGUAUUAAGCGAAAACGUGUUUCAGUGUGUUAUCAGGCUUUCAUAAGUUCACACUACUGUUAAGAUUCACUUGUGACCAACAUGUAAAAUCAGAUGUUACUGUAUAUAAACAUUUACACUAUAAAUGUUAGAGAAACCUUUUUACAUAGAAUUUUGUCUUUAAAGUAAACACUGUUGAAUGAAAAUACGUACCGUAAUGCCUUCUUCAGGUUUGUGUUUGUUUUGUAGAUGGAAAAGUGUUUGAUCCUUGAGUAUAGUAGAUAAAGUGCUUUAUUGUAUAGAUUUGGGCUAUAACUGGUUAUAUAACAGUUUUUGUCUUUUGAAAGCUUAAAUGCGACAGCACGACUUGUAUCUCGUUUCUUUAUCUUGCCAUUUUGUUUUCUGUGAUCAUUGUCAAUUGAGAUGCCGUCAAAGCUUUGUGGGAGCCUUACAUGUAAUUGUGUUAUUGGAUCGAGUAUGAAUUACUGAUUAGGUCAACACGUACAGAGCCCCCAGGGGUCCCCGGUGGUGUGACACUAAUGUGAAGCGUCAGACUGUUAGUGAAGAAAUGAAGGCACGACACGGAAUAAGACAGGGAUGAUAUCAGGAUUUCUAGCCAGCUGAUGAAUUGGAGUAUUAAAACAUGAAUCAAGU